UUUUUCUCCCUUUGGGACUUCUCUGAAUUUUUUCUUCUCAAUAUCGGGUAUUUUUUUGUGUAAUUUUAAUUUUGAAAUACUGAACAUAAUUACAGUCCGGUAAGCUGAAAGAUUCCCGCCCACCGGUCGGCUAGGCAGAGGCAACAAAAGCCGGUUGCCGGUAUAGCUUGUGAUGGACCCUUCCAUAGUAAAGCUCCUUGAAGAAGACGAGGACGAUUCUAUGCAUUCUGGAGCUGCCGUUGAGGCUUUCCAGACCGCAUUGAAUCGAGAUAUUGAAGGCGAUGCGUCGACUUCUCAGCACUCGGGUUCAAGUACUGCAGCUGUCUCUCAAGGAAGCAAUCCUGCUUCUGGUCAGUCAGUUGCACAAUGGCCAACCCUGGGGCAAGAUGGGAACACCAACUUCCAAAAUCAACAAGUCCUUCGAAGUGUUCAGCAGCAACAUCAGAUUUCAUCCGAGACUGAGCAAAAGCAACAGGGAUCUGUAAAUGCCGGGAGUCAGCAACAAUUACAACAGCCAAAUGAUGUUCAGCAGGAGCAUAAUCGUCUACCACUGCAACAAAAACAACUCCAAGGUGAUAAUCAGCAAGGAGUAGCUGAACAAAUUCCUGCUCAGGUUUCUCAAACGACUAGGAUUCAGACUACUGAAAAAAGUCCUACCCCACGUGAACCUGAGAGAACCAAUAAUCAAGACAGUGAAUCACAAUAUGCUAAAUUACAGAAGACGAGUAAUCAACCGGCCAGUGGAGCAGAGCAGCCAAAUAAUCCCAUGAAUCGAGGAAAACAAGUUCCAUUUGCUGUGUUGUUGCCUGCCUUAGUGCCCCAACUCGAUAAAGACAGAGCCAUGCAGCUUCAUACUCUGUAUGGGAAACUAAAGAAAAAUGAAAUUGCAAAAGACGGAUUUGUCAGGCACAUGAGAGAUAUUGUAGGAGACCAGAUGCUGCGGUUGGCAGUUAACAAGUUACAAGCGCAGAUAAGUUCCAAUCAGUUCCCACUACAGUCCCAUACUGGAGCACGACCGACUGCUCUCCGGAUGCCAUCUGUUGGUGGUGCCACACAGCUUGCUAGUCCACAUUCAUUAUCUCAGCUGCACCAAAAGGGUCCUAAUUCUCCUGCCAAUUCAACUCAGGCCCCAUCCCCAGCAGUCCCCAUGCAGGCUAAUUCAAGUUAUUUAUCUGGUGAAAACAAGGCUAAAAAAUCUCAAGAGCUGGAUUGCCAAUCAGAUUCUCGCUUUGGAAUGGUGGGUAGCCAAAUUUCUUCCUCCGGUUCAACCACUGCAAAUCAAGAAAGAGGACGUUCAUCAAUUCCGACACAAGGAAUUAACAAGCAACAGCAACAACCUUUGAAUUUCCCACAAAAUUCAUUUGGCAUGUACGGGAGUAAUAAUUAUCACACAUAUUCUGGGCCAAAUGUUAAUACUUCAGCUUCCACUCUAAAGCUGCAACCUCAUGAUUCACAAAUGAGGCAAAUUGCACAUCAUCAAAGCAUGGGACCGAAUCCUGUUGGAGGAUCAACCCAGGCUAUGAACAUGAUGAGUGGGCCUAAGCUUGAGAGGCAAAACUCUAGUAAUGACCCAAAUAGAUUGCAGGGUGCAUCUCUUUCUCACUUUUCAGGUGGUUCAGUUCCUUGGCAAGCCUCCCCAAGUAAGGAGCUGAAUCCUGGUCCUUUGUCAUCAGCAGCAUAUGUGAAACAGGAAUCUGUUGAUCAAGGUGCUGACCAGUAUAGACCUCAUUUGUCUGCCACCCAGGGAGUGUCGACUACACUAGUUGAACAAGGAAAUGCAGUUAUAACUACUCCAAGAGAUGAGCCUGGAGAGAAGCAAUCUUCCAGAGUUGGCUUCUCAACACCUUCAAUCACAGCACAAAUGGAUUCUAAUAUGGGCUCUAGAAAUACAUCUGUGCCUGCUCCAGCUGGGGUCAACGCAAGAACCCCUCAAAAAAAGUCUUCUAUUGGACAGAAGAAACCAUUGGAAGGUCUGGGUUCCUCACCAGCACCGUCAAGCAAGAAGCAAAAAGUGUCUGCAGCAUUUUCAGAUCAGAGCAUUGAACAACUAAAUGAUGUCACUGCUGUUAGCGGAGUCAAUCUCAGGGAAGAAGAAGAGCAACUAUUGUCUGGCCCCAAGGAUGAGAGUCGAGUUUCAGAAGCAUCUAGAAGGGUUGUGCAAGAGGAAGAAGAAAGGCUCUUUUUGAAGAAAACCCCUUUGCAGAAGAAAUUGGCUGAAAUUAUGGCCAAAAGUGGUUUGAAGAAUAUAAGCAAUGAUGUGGAACGAUGUUUGUCCCUGAGUGUGGAGGAAAGAAUGCGGGGGCUCAUAUGCAAUUUAAUCAGACUGUCGAAACAGCGUGUUGAUGUUGAGAAGCCUAGGCAUCGGACACAAAUUACCUCAGAUGUCCGGCAGCAAAUUAUGAUGAUGAACCAGAAUGCCAGGGGAGAAUGGGAGAAAAAGCAGGCUGAGGCGGAGAAGCUCCAAAAACUUAAUGAACCCGAGGCUGAGACUGCCGUUGAUGGUGACAAGGAGAAAGAUGACAGUCGAGCAAAAGUAGUAAAGGUAAACAAGGAGGAGGAUGACAAGAUGAGGACCACUGCUGCAAAUGUUGCUGCACGUGCAGCUGUUGGAGGGGAUGACAUGCUGUCAAAAUGGCAACUUAUGGCUGAGCAAGCUCGCCAGAAACGUGAAGGGGGAACGGAUGCAGCAUCUGGUUCACAGGUAGGUAAAGAUGUGAACAACAGGCCUCCAUCUGCAUCUGGAAAAAGUACAAAGUACAAUCAAGAAUUUGAAAAAACGGGUCCGCUCAGUCCUCAUGCAUCUGGGGGAAGCAAGAAAUUUGGCCGGAACCAGGGUGUGAUGCUCACGCCCCAUACUGGAGUGGCUCGUACUAUUUCGGUUAAGGAUGUGAUUGCAGUUCUGGAAAGAGAGCCCCAAAUGUCCAAGUCCACACUUAUUUAUAGCUUGUACGAAAAAGCCUGCUCUGAAUCUAAAGCGGGGUGAUUAUAAAGCACCUUUAUACUUUGGGCGUUUCAUGUUUCCCAUUAGGUAUCUGAUUAAAUAUAAUGGAAAUUAAGAUAUCCUUGUCUGUACCUUUAGCUUUUAGUGGAAGAAUAUUUUAUGGAACAGCUUGAUUUUCAGGUUUGUAAGUGCUGUAUCACCUCAUCUUUCUACAUUCCUCAGAACCAUGGGGAGCAGUUGGAUGAUUUGAUGUUAAUAAUUGUAUUAUUAUUGUUAUUAUGUGAUAUUGUUUUUCGUAAUGAAUAAUGUUUUAAAGUUGAUGUGAAA